GACUCAUUUUUUUUCGUCGCUACUCGCGCUAGCAGGAGUCGAGGACAGGUCAGUUCGUCCGACUUUCAAGCAUGUCGCUAGAGGGCCGUCACGCGCCGCUGCGGGCCGUGAUUCUGGCGGACGCGUUCGACCAUUUGUUGGCCCCCUUCACGCUCGAGAAGUCGAAGGUAUUGCUGUCGCUGGUUGGGGUGCCGCUCUUGAACUACACCAUCGAGUUUUUGGCGCUGUCUGAGGUGAGUCAGAUUUACGUGUUGGCCAGCGAGCACGCGGACGAGGUAGAGGAGUACGUGAACAGCCUGAGUCGGCGCGGCUUCUCGGGCGUCGACGUGUCGUGCGUCAAGUUUCAGAAGAGCCAGAGCGUCGGCGACAUCUUGCGCGACAGCAGACUGCCGGAGUUGCUGCAGAGCGACUUCAUCUUGGUGUAUGGCGACAUCAUAUCCAACCAGAACUUGCAGCCCGUGUGGCAGAAGCACAUGAGGAGGAGGGAGAAGGACAAGAACGCCUUGAUGACGCUGGUGUUGGGCGACAACAGCGCGGAUGCCGAGAUCAAAGCUAGGAGAGAGCUUUGCUGCAAGGGGCAAAAACAGAAGGACUGCUUCAAGCCCCAGCAAGACGCGGACGAGUCCUUGGCCUCCGAGGACAGGAAGAAGAGCAUGCGUUCGUUCGAGAGCUCGAACAACCGACUGGUUUACAGCGUGCCCAGUGCCGCGUCUGUCGAGUCGGCGGCCGACGUGGAGGAGUCGGACAAGGGUCGGGUGGAGGAGGUGGGCGCGCUCGGGGAGGAUUUGAUGUUUGAAGAGGACCCGGAAGAGAUUUGUUUCGGCAGCCAUAAGCAGCACUUAGAGAAUUUUUGCGAUCAUACGGAGAGCGCUGAUUUUCAAUGGUCUUAUCUCUGCGAUUUACAAUCUGCUUCUCCCGCUAGACGGAACUCGUCUUCUUUCACGGCCUUUGGCGAGUUGCAUGAGAAUGAGGGCUUCCCGAUUUCCGCGUCUUUGCCCACGACGCUCGAGAGCAAGAAGGCGGACGCCUUUGUCGAUUGCCGGACCGAGGUGCCCUUGUCUUCCAGGGGUUCCUACCCGCCCGCGUCUUCGAUUGGGUUCGAGAGCAGUCGAACGCGCCAGUCGGACUUGAUGUCGCUCGGGGGCAGCGCGCUGUCCUCCGCGCUGGACCGCUUGGUUUCCGUUUUGUCGACGUACGAGUACAUGAGCGUGUCUGCCAUACUCGCGAACAACGAGGGCAGAAUCGUUGUGGUCGACGAGGAGACGGACCUGGUGCUGUUGUACGAGGACAAGCUGUUUAGCCGGUUUUUGCCGCACUUGGAGCUGGAAACCGGUCUCUUCAAGGACCACGCCAACUUGCUUUGCAGGGCCAACGUGCUAGAGUCCGGCGUGUUCAUAUGCGCGCCCGAGGUCCUGGACAAGUUUCAGGAGAACUUCGACUACAAGAGCUUGAGCCAGUUCGUGCGGACGAUGAUCAACGACGAGGUGCAGGACGUCAAAAUUCACGCCUCGUUCGUCCCGGAAGUGGCCUAUUCCACGAGGGUUUCCAGUUGGAGGAGGUACCACCAGGUGAGCAUCGACUUGCUUCGGCGAUGGGCGUUUCCGCUGGUCCCGGAGGCGAGGUUUCUGGGCACCACCAGCUUUACCUACUGCCGCCCGGGCAUCUACAAGGAGCAGGACGUUCACCUCUCUAUGAGCUGCCAAAUUGGCGAGGACAGCGCGAUCGGCGCGAGAACGCGCCUCGGCAGCGAAACCAAGGUGCGCAGCUCGACGAUCGGCAGGGACUGCAUGAUCGGGAACCGCGUCACCAUCGUCAACAGCUUUCUCUGGGACGGCGUGACGGUGCAAGACGGGACGCUGAUCGAAUGCGCCGUCGUUUGUUCCCACGUGAAAAUCGGGUUCAAUUGCAAAAUUUCGAGGGGCUGCAUUCUGGGACACCACGUGGAGGUGGGGGACCGCACGGAGCUGAAGGGAUACACGAAGUGGACUCACCAAAAGCUCAAGUUCAAAAACGCCGUGAGCGACGGAGAAGACAAUUUUUGUUCGACCUUCGAAAAAGGAGAUUUUCUGGACCAGAGGCCGAGGACGCCCCCCUUCCCGAUCGUUUCGCUGGCUCCGUUCGGCACGGGGUUCCUGUUCCCCUAUCCCGCGCUCCCGUUCCAAGAGCUGUGCAUAGGGUGGGAGACCAAGUCGGACCUGCUUCAGCUGUUGAAGGUGCUCAAGCAAAACUCGGCCGCCCUGUCCGACUCUCUGCUUGACCACUCUUCGGUGAUCGCCUCGAGCCCGCCGUCGGAGCUGAGGCCCCUGUCUCCCCUCUUCGAGGAGCCGCCGUCGAACAUCGCGGAGACCACGGACAGGGAGAAGUUCAGCCUGGGCGUCGACGAAAUCGUACGGCACGCCCUGUCUCCCGGGCGCUCGACCUCGGCGGACACGAUCCUCCUGGAGGUGAACGCGCUGAAGUACGCCUACGACCGCACGUUCCUGGACUGCGCGGACGCGAUCUUCUCCAGCCUGAUCAACGCCAGCACCCAGCUCCCCGGCAGCCUGUCCUCGAGUCUGUCGGGAUCGAUCGACUUCUUCUCGCCCGUGCUGAAGAGCUACGUGCAAUCGGUGGACGACCAGGUGGAGUUCAUCUUCGUCCUGGAGACCGUCUUCGAGCGCGAGCCGAGGGUCACCCACCUGUUCGAGGGCACGCUCAACCGGCUGUACCAGAACGCCGUGAUCUCCGAGGACGCGUUCUUCCAGUGGGAGAAGGAGUGCGCGUCGGCGAACCCGGACGAGGCGGCGUUCUGCAGGCGGUGCGAGCGGUUCCUGAACUGGCUCCGAGAGGCCGAAGAGGAGGAAGAGGAGGAGUAAAAAAAAAAAAAAU